GGGAUUUGAAGUGUACAGGUAAUCGUCUAAAAUUUGUGUUUAUGCAUCGAAAACUACAACAUCCAAAAGCCCCUCCGACAUGUGGGGAGUCGGGUGUUUUCUUGUGUAACUCAGCAGGUAAAAUAUAACUGCACUCACGAUUGGUAGAGUGAUGUUUUGGCACUGCCAUUAGCUCAAGACAAGGACGACAACAACAUGGGAGACACAACCUGCAGUAAAGCUGUCCACUUGUCAGACCCACAGCUUUUCGACAGAUACUUUGAGAAGCUGCUGUGUGAGUUGACCGAGCUGGAUUUCACAGACCCGGUACUUUCUGAUGCUCUCUGCAGGCUCAAAGAGGUACUGCAGUACAAUGCCACAGGAGGCAAGAGGAACCGUGGCUUGUCUGUGAUCGGCUCACUGCGUCAGUUGAUCUCAUCCUCCAAGCUGUCACCUGAAGAAGUGGAGCGUGCCCUGUUAGUUGGAUGGUGCAUUGAACUGCUGCAGGCCUUUUUCUUGGUAGCGGAUGAUAUAAUGGAUGCCUCAGUAACACGGAGAGGUCAGCCGUGUUGGUAUAAGAAGGAAGGCAUUGGCCUGGAUGCUAUCAAUGAUGCUUUUCUCCUGGAGGGGUCCAUCUACCGCCUGCUGCGAAGGCAUUGCAGAGGGCAGCCCUACUAUGUCCAUUUGUUGGAGCUUUUUACUGAGACAUCGUUCCAGACAGAGCUGGGUCAAGCCCUUGAUCUGAUGACUGCUCCUCCAAAAAAGAUUGAUUUACACCGUUUUACCAUGGACAGAUAUAAAGCCAUAGUGAAGUACAAGACUGCAUUCUACUCCUUUUAUCUUCCAGUGGCUGCAGCAAUGUAUAUGGCAGGAAUUGACAGUGAAGUGGAACACAACAAUGCUAAACACAUCUUGCUUGAAAUGGGAGAGUUCUUUCAGAUUCAGGAUGAUUACUUGGAUUGCUAUGGUGAUCCUGCAGUAACAGGCAAGAUUGGCACAGACAUUCAGGACAAUAAGUGCAGCUGGCUUGUGGUGACUGCACUGAGGGUUAUGACCCCUGAGCAGAGGGUGGAGCUAGAGGCAUGCUAUGGCCGGAGUGAUGCUGAGAGCGUAGAGCGAGUGAAGGAACUUUACGACACUCUGGAAAUGCCUCUCCGAUACCACCAGUAUGAGGAAGAGAGCUACCUGCGACUCCAAAACCUCAUCCAGCAGCACGCACAAAAUCUUCCCCAUGCUGUUUUUCUUAACUUUGCCAAGAAAAUCUAUAAGAGAAACAAAUAAGGCAUAAUUUAUUUUAUUUUUAUUUUUUUUUGCAAGAGCAUGGAAAAGUAUGUUUAUAGCAAAACAGUAGAAAAUAGAAAGUAGUGCAUUUGAUCAUUGAUGUAAAUAUGUUCUCAAGAGUAGCUUUAGAAAUCUAUAUUUUUUCACACAAGCAUUGGCUCUUGAGCCCAAAAUCAAACUUUUGAGAGAUGCAUUUCCAUUGCAACAUAUCUAACGGUCAGUUAUAAUCAGCUCUAAUAUGUGAAAUGUUACAUUUGUCUUAGGACAUUUGUACAUUGUCCAAACCAAAAUAAUCUAAUUGAUUUUUUAUAUAUAUUUAUACUUGUUCUAUCAGUAAAGGCAACAGCUGUCUCGUGCACAGUGAGGUGAUGGAAUGUAGCCUUUAAAUUUAAUAGUAGAUUUCAGCUUCCUGCAGAGGGAAACAAAAUGCUGGUUACCAGGCAGUGAUUGGUACCAAUCUGAUCCGUCAAUCUGUUCUCCUCAGUGGGUUCUUUAUUUGGCUCUGUGCAUUGUUUAAAGGCUAAGCAACCACUGCUGAAGCAGAAAUGAACUCAAACAGAAAUCCCUAACUGUCCCCACUGUUUUCUGUUUGCCAACCCGUGAAAAUGGCAGUGGUAGGAUAAAUAGAGGUUUUCGAUGUGAACUGAUUAAUUACUGUAAAAAAUAGUUUUAAAGUAGUGGUAUUUUAUAAUAUACAACUAAAAUGAUGUUGUUACAAAUCCCACUGUUAACCUGUAUAGUAUCAAUAAAAAGAGAGGGUCACAUGA